AUGGGAGAAGCUCAUUUGGGUGAGUGUCAGGCAGCUGACUGGUGUGCAGAGCAAAACCGCCGAGGCGGAAAAGGCGGGGGACAGGCUGCGCUGUAUUCUCCAUGGUCACAGCAUAGCAACUGCACAGCAGGUGUGACUUUGUGGACCAAAGGUCCAGAUCCUGUGAAUCAUCUGACAGUCAUAGAGCAAACCAGCAGCUCCAUCACUCUCUUUUGGGAAAGUCCACCUUGCCUCAACUCCACCUGCCAAUUGACCCCUGCCAAUAGCUCAAACUGCACGGCGCAUUUCGCCGGUCUGUUACCUGGGGAGGACUACACUAUUGUGAUGGACCGGGCCGCAGGCACUGAAAGGUCAAACCAGAGUGUAAAUGGAACUACCCGGCCUUCUCAAGUCCAGAAUGCCACGGUGCAAAAUCGGACAGUGGAUUCCCUAACAAUCACAUGGAGUUCACCUGCCUACCAAUAUAAGAUCUGCCUGUCAAAUGGUUUCUCGCAAUCCAACUGCUCUUUGACCACCAAGAAUCCGUACACUGCAGACGAUCUGGCAGCAGGGGUUCUGUACACGGUCACUGUCUAUGCUGUCACCAGAAACAACGUCAGCAGCACUGGGACAGUCCUUCCAGAUGUCGUCACACUUCCAAACAAGCCCGGGAAAAUAACUGUGACAGAAUACGGCGCCCACAAUCUAACCAUUGGUUGGGAUCCCCCUAAAGACCGCAAUGCUGACACCUAUUUAUAUAGGAUAUUUUGGGUCAGAGAGGACCCUGGGGAUCCAGUGAAGAAUGGAAGCACCAACGCUUCCUAUUAUACCAUCCGUGGACUCAAACCAGGGACUGUCUACAUUGUACAAUUAGUCUCUGUCAUCAAUGAUACUGAGAGCGCAGUAGAACAAAACUGGACUCUAACAAGCCCGUUGCCCCCUACUAACUUCAUGGUCAACACCAUCAGCCAGUCCGCGGUCAACUUGUCCUGGGGACUCCCAGCCCCUGCGUACAGUGGCUUUACACUUGAACUGCAGAAGGGGCCCACCGAGACCCCGAAAAGCUUCACGUUUUCUAACAAGACUUCAACGUUCGUGCUAAACACUCUUAGUCCAGGCACCAAGUACAACUUCAUCUUGUUCACUGUGGCUAAAGGGAGAGACCUGACGUCAUUCAGCACCAACAUUCUUCAAGAAGGAGCCACAAAGCCAGCGCCCGUAAGCAACGUUCAGUGCCAGCCGGUGGAAGGGGGCUACGGCUUGAAGGUGUCAUGGGCGUGUGUCUCCGGGGGUGUCAGUACAUUCCAGGUCAUCGUCUCUGGCCAGAAGUCCGAGCCGUGGCUAAACUGCAAAGUCCCAAUGGAAGUGGGCGACCUUCAGCCCGCCAGGAGCUACUUGGUGCAGGUGGUGACAUUCUGGAAUGAACUGCAGAGCAGUUCCGAGCAAGUGACAUGUCACACGGACAGCAAGGGGGUCAUCGUCGGUGCCGUGUUUGCCGCGCUGGUCCUCCUGGCCCUCUUUUGCCUGCUGCUGUUCUAUUUUUGGAGACGCACCCCUCUUGGCUUGAGGCUUCCGGUGGCUGCCAAGUGUGUGCCUCAGUUUCCCUGUCUUGUUCACAGGCAUGAGAAGAUCUCGGAGAAACCGAAAGCAAACGUGGGACCGCCCUGCGUUCUUGCCUCGGUUUCUGUGUCGGCUUUCCCGUGUUACUGCUGCGAGCACUUCUCUGAUAGCGCCUUUGGUUUUGCCAAAGAAUACCAGCAGCUGCAGGACGUGGGGACCGGACAGUCCCAAAGUGUGGCAGAACUUCCUGAAAACCGAGACAAGAACCGUUACAGCAACGUCCUACCAUAUGACAGCUCUCGAGUCAAGCUCAAUGCCAGCCCCAGUGACCCCGACUCAGAUUAUAUCAAUGCCAGUUAUAUGCCCGGCUACCAGGGAGAAAAGGAGUACAUCGCAACCCAAGGACCCCUGCCUGGAACAGUUUAUGAUUUCUGGCACAUGAUAUGGGAGCAACGAGUCACAACCUUGGUCAUGCUCACCAACUGCGUCGAAAACGGACGGGUGAAAUGUGAACAAUACUGGCCCCUGGACUACACACCCUGCACCUAUGAUGACAUUACUGUCUCGGUUGUCGUAGAAACCAUCCUCCCAGACUGGACAAUCCGGGACUUCUCCAUCAAGCGGAGGAAUGAAUGUGAGGUCCGCUUUGCCCGACAUCACCACUACACAUCGUGGCCAGACCAUGGGGUACCCCCAGUCACGAGUGCCACGCUUCAUUUCCGAGAACUUGUGAGGGAGCACAUAGAACAGCAUGUGGAGAGUGGUCCAGCACUGGUGCACUGCAGCGCUGGUGUGGGCCGAACUGGAACAUUUAUCGCCUUGGACACCUUGCUGAGCCAAGCCCAGAAAGAGGGGCAGAUUGGUGUCUAUUCAUUUGUGCAGCGGAUGAGAAUGAACCGACCCCUCAUGAUUCAGACCGAGUCGCAGUAUGUGUUCCUACAUCAGUGUCUCCUGGAUAGGAUCCAGCUCCCUCCACCAGAAGACAGUGAAAAGGUGCCGUGUACCUCCGUGUAUGAAAACAUCCUGGCAUUCCAAGACUACGAGGUGUCCCGUGUGUGAGGGUUUUGGCCAUCGUGCUGGAAAGACUCCAAGAAUGUCUACACCCCAUGCUGUCUGAAGUCAUAACACUGGCACAAGCCAGUGCGGUGUCGUGGUUUAGAGUGUUGGACUCAUACCCGGGGGACGUGGGCUCAAAUCCCCACUUGUGCCGCGGAAUCUC